CUAGUGGACAUGUAGUGCACUAGAUAGUAUGUAGGCCCUAAUGCUCGUGUAGUGCACAGAAAUAGUGAGCAGAGAGCCGUUUAGCUAGUAGCUACAGCCUCUGUAACGUUCAAACCAGCUAGCGGUGAAGGAUAACGUGAAGCCAUGAGUGAGUUCCGGAUACAUCAUGAUGUGAACGAGUUGCUCAGCCUCCUUCAUGUCAGAGGAGGUGAUGGGGCUGAAGUGUACAUCGACUUACUGCAGAAGAACAGAACUCCUUAUGUUACCACAACAGUGUCCUCACACAGUGCUAAGGUGAAGCUUGCAGAGCAUUCUAAAACCCCUGAGGACUUUUUGAGGAAAUACGAAGAGCUAAAAUCCAAAAAUGCACGCAACUUGGAUCCUCUGCUUUAUCUUCUCUCAAAGCUCACUGAAGAUAAAGAGACUCUCAAAUUUCUGCAGCAGAAUGCUAAAGAGAGAUCAGACACGUCAGCGAACACGACAUCAAGUAGCACGACAUCUUUCAGUAUUCCCCCAACUAGUAGCAAGAUGUCAAUGCAGGAGCUAGAGGAACUGCGCAAAAAGCUCGGGAAUGUCACAGCCAGCUCCAAUGUUCCACAGUCUGCUGAGGUCACCCGCAAGCUAUUAAGAGACAGACACAGCAAGAAGAACCCCACACAACCUAUUCCCGUCUUCCCAAACUGGGUGUAUGACAGACCUGCACUGAUCGGAGAUUUCAUCACUAGCUCUGCACCAACAGGAGAUCCAGUCGUAGCUAUCGGUACAAUGCCACUGACCGUGCAGGAGCAAGCCCUGGUUGAGGAUCUGCUGUAUGUACUGAUUGGAGUAGAUGGGAGAGACAUCACAGCACAACCUGUGCUCGGCAGACAGAGUCGCUCUUUUAUAAUAGACCCUUCUCUAGACAUGUCCAUUAAGGAGCUUGUGAACCGAAUAUUACCAGUGGCGUCCUGUUACUCCACUGUCACACGCUUCACAGAGGAGAAGUGUUCCUUUGAGUAUGGACAGGUGAACCACGCGCUCACUGCAGCCAUGAGGACACUGAUGAAAGAGUAUCUCAUCCUGGUGACCCAGCUAGAGCAUCUUCACAGGCAGGGCAUGCUGUCGCUACAGAAACUCUGGUUCUACAUCCAGCCCACCAUGCGCACCAUCGAGGUUCUCGCCUCCAUCGCCACUUCAGUGGAUAAAGGAGACUGCAUGGGUGGCUCAACGUUAAGUCUGCUUCAUGACCGCACCUUUAACUUCACUGGGGACAGCCAGGCUCAAGAGCUGUGCCUCUAUCUGACCAAAGCAGCCAGUGUCCCUUAUUUCGAGAUGCUGGAGAAGUGGAUCUACCGGGGAAUCAUCAAAGAUCCAUACGGUGAGUUCAUGGUUGAGGAACACGAGCUUCAGAAAGAGAAGAUCCAAGAGGACUAUAAUGACAAAUAUUGGGAUCAGAGAUAUACCAUCGUGCAGCACAAAAUCCCAUCUUUCCUUCAAAAAAUGGCAGAUAAAAUACUAAGUACAGGGAAGUACCUGAACGUUGUGAGGGAGUGUGGGCGAGAUGUGACCUGUCCGGAUGCGAAAGAGGUUCUCUACACUUUAAAAGAGAGGGCGUAUGUGGAACAAAUUGAAAAAGCCUACAACUAUGCCAGUAAGGUCCUCCUGAACUUUCUUAUGGAGGAGAAAGAGCUGGUGUCACGACUAAGGUCCAUUAAGCACUACUUUCUGAUGGACAAGGGAGACUUCUUUGUGCACUUCAUGGACCUCACUGAAGAGGAGCUGAAGAAACCUGUUGAUGACAUUAUCCCUUCUCGCUUAGAGGCACUGCUGGAGCUGGCUCUGAGAACGAGCACGGCCAACACAGAUCCCUUCAAAGAUGAUCUAAAGAUAGACCUGAUGCCUCAUGAUGUCAUUACUCAACUUCUGCGCGUCUUGGCCAUAGAGACCAAGCAGGAAAAAGCCAUCAUCAACGCUGACCCCACUGAAGUGGCUCUCAGUGGCCUUGAGGCAUUCUCCUUCGAUUACAUCGUCAAAUGGCCGCUGUCACUUAUAAUCAACAGGAAAGCACUGACAAGAUAUCAGAUGCUCUUCAGACAUAUGUUUUAUUGCAAGCAUGUUGAGAGGCUGCUCUGCAAUGUUUGGAUCAGCAACAAGUCUACCAAGCAGUACUCCUUACACUCUGCUAAAUGGUUUGCUGGUGCAUUUGCUCUCAGGCAGCGCAUGCUAAACUUCGUACAGAACAUCCAGUACUACAUGAUGUUUGAGGUCAUGGAGCCCACAUGGCACAUCAUGGAGAACAACCUGAAAUCGGCGUCCAAUAUUGACGACGUUCUCUGCCAUCACACCAGUUUCUUGGAUAACUGUCUGAAAGAUUGCAUGCUGACCAACCCUGAGCUGCUGAGGAUCUUUUCAAAGCUCAUGUCUGUGUGCGUCAUGUACACCAAUUGCAUGCAGCGAUUCACACAGAGCAUGAGGAUGGACAGUGAGCUAAACCGAUUAAGCCUGGAACAUGGCACCAUGGAGGGUCCUCCAACACUGAGCGAGCGCACUGAGGAGGCAGAGAAGAAAAGACUGGCCUCCAAGUUUUUAUCUGAGCAUGUCGAUUCCCUGCAGUCAGACUCAGGCUUUGAAGGCACCAUCAGUAAGUUUGACAGUAACUUCAGCACGAUGUUGUUGGACUUGUUGGACAAGCUGAGCAUUUACAGCACCAACGACUGUGAACACAGCAUGAUCAACAUCAUCUAUAGGCUUGACUUUAAUGGGUUCUACACCGAGCGUCUGGAGCGAAUGGCGAUUGAGAGGGGUCAGAAGGCUGCCACGUAGCGUUCCUCUACCCAAGGACCUUUAUAAAGUCCACAUCAUACAGCAAUAAGGGGCUUAAUGGCAUGUUCUGCCUGUUUUGUUUAAGACAAACACGUUGUACCCGUCACAUCAAUUUAAAAGUAUUCAAAAGAUUUCCGCUGUACAUUUAAAUAACAGAUCGGCCAUGGCUGACUAGUGGUGUGUCUUUAUCCUUCAACAGGGCAUGUAGCAGUGUGUGCUAUAAUAUAAGCAAUUCUUAAAUACUGGAUUCUUCCAUAAUUUGCAGUGUUUGUGGUGUUUGUUUUUUCUCACAGAUUUCCUUUUCUCUUUUAACCCUCAGCCAAACAAACGUGUUAUUGUUGUAUCAUUAAAUUUUGCUGAUUCCACAGAAAAUUAUUGCUAGAACUGUUGUUUUAACCCUUGUUUAUUGUCAACAAAACACACUAAUUCAUUAACCUAGGGUUAAAAUAAGGCAGAAUUAAAUAAAUACAGAAGUAAGAUACAAUUAGAGAUUAAUACAUUGAACAAUGUGGCAUAUAAACCCUGUCAGAGGAAGUGUGCAAAUGUUGUGAUAUACUGUAUAUGACUGAGGGUUUUUGGACACCUGACCAUCAAAAACAUGUUUUGUUUUUUUUUAUUGUUUCUUUCUAAAUUUAUUCCCCUUAUCUGUUCUAAUGUCCUCCACGCUUCUCCAAAGGCUUUCCACUAGAAUGUGGAGACUGGCUUUGUAUGUAGCUGGUAGGUCAUGGAAAAAAGCCUAAGGUUCAGUUAGUGUUUCAGUUCAUCCUAAAGGUGUUCAGUGGGGUUGAUGUCAGGUCUCUGUGGAAAUCACUUGAGUUCUGCUACUCCAUCAAACUACUUGCAAACUCCAUCUCCAUAGAGCUCGCUUUGUACCUUGCGGCAUCAUUAUGCCUGAACAGGUUUGGGCUUCUUAGUUCCAAGGAAAGGAAAUUGUAAAUCUACAGCAUACAGAUCCUUAUAUGAGAUCCUGUUCGAUUGUGUACUUCCAAAUUUUUAGCAGUAGAACCAUAUAUAUGCGUGUGAUGAUCAGGCAUUUAAAUGCAAUAGACAUUCAUGAAGUCCUAUAAAGUAUUGAGAAUGUAAAUGAGGCAAAAAUUUGUUUUGUGUGAAUAAUAAACUCAACCUUGGGAAAAUC